AGCCGUUUCGAAACGGAUACGCGCCCACUCGAAAGACUGCAACUCGACCAGAUCCCGCAACAUUAAUAUCGCUUAUCAUCCGAAGAGCGGAUCCAAAUUACAUUAUUACCGUCUCAUCUUUGUUGAUGGUUAACAAAGCACGCGUAGGCACACGGUUCAGAAGAUCAAAGUUAAGCAGGCAAGAUGCGCGUCCUCAAGCGCAGGUGGGACGUCAGUGGCGCUAGUCAGGGUGCCCCUGCACAGCCGUCAUCUCCAACUGCGCAACCUCAGAAGCGACUGUUUAAGAAACCAAGGUCGCCGGGCUUGCUACGCCGACGCGGCCCCUGUCUUCGAUACCGCAAAUCAGACAUGACUGAUCCGGUAGAGUAUAUUCAGACGCACGAAGAAGCCUUCAAGAACCCCAAUCGGCUUGCUUCGCUCUACUCCGAUUUCAGAGCGCAGCAACACAUCAACCCGGACGGUUACGUCGCGAACCUCGACGCCUGGAAGAGGGCUCUCGAACAUGCCGCGCGCGAGGGUCUGCUACCUGGUUCUGGAGCCACGCGUAAUCUUUUGGUCAUCGACAGCGGUCGGGAGCUCACGCGUGCCUUGCAGCAUAGGGACUUCGGGUUGCCGACCUGCUUACGAGAGGUGCUGCAAGAUGCGAUCAAGAAAGGGGCUUUCGUAUCAGCGCAAGACUGGUUAACAUCGACCCAGUCGAUCUACGACAAGUCAUGGUUCAAGCUUCCAAAGGUGUCGGUCGGCGGUGUGCUGUCUGGUGCAUGGGAGCUGGGCAGGAACAAAUUACUCGGUCCUUCCACCCAGCUGCCGGCUGGGCCCUUCGUGGUCGUGGCGAACGUUGAAGCUGCCGCUGAGGCGAUACUUAACCAGCAGCGCGACCAACCGAACGUCUCGAUCGCCGACCGAAUAUAUUCAAAGGCAGCCUUCCUCGAACGCUUUCGGAACGUACUCAAUCUCAAUGCGCCAAUAAGCGCACGCGACCUAGACAUUCUACUUGUACACAUGGCCCGCGACAGACAUGAACUAGCAGUCAAGGGAAACGUCAUCAAGUUUAAGGCUGAUGCGGAGGAUUUGCCUUUGCCAGUCACUCAAGAAGAUGCAGCAAUGGCCGAGCUUCACGAUGCGAUCAAUCGGGUGCAAGCACGCCUUGCUCUCUUGCACGAAAACAUUCAAAAGUCUGGAAUGGCCGCCAAGGAAGCCGUGCAGCUUAAACAGUUGACUCGCGCAAAGACUUGUCUACGUUCGAAGAAGCUGAGUGAGUCAUCGGCAGAGCACUACACCAACCUGAGCGUGCAGCUCGAAGAGUCUUAUAUGAAGCUCCAGCAUGCCGCGGACCAUGUCGGAAUGCUGGAGGCCAUGAAAGCCGGUGCGGAGGCUAUGGCUCUUCUGAACAAGCAGGUUGGUGGUGCCGAGGGUGUGCAGAAGGUGAUGGACUCAGUCAAUGAAGAGAUUGCCACCACUGAAGAAAUCACGAACAUCAUCAACGAAUCUGCCACCCCGAUCGACGAGACUGAGAUCGAUGAUGAGCUCGCCGAGCUUGAGAAGGGUGAGGAUGAGAAGCAGGAGAAGGUAGAGGCAGAGAAGACUGCUGAGCUCCUCGCCGAGCUUCCAGACACCAAGAAACCGCUGAGAUCUCCAGUCUCAUGUCUCACGUCACCGUCUCGCCAACUGAGCAGGAAGAGAACGAGAAGCGGGUUGGAGUUCCUGCUUAGUUACCUCGGGUUUCAUUUUGAAAGUAUCCGCCUGAUGUUGAGGCAUCCCGGGCACGUUCGCCACGCUGCGAUUCGUCAGGUCACGAGUUGGGGUAUGAUGAUUAAGAAUUGGAGUGGACUACUCCAGGCUUCGCAUUUAGACAAUGAUGCGACAUUCUAUCUUGACAAAGACUUCCAUGGUCCUCGCAUUCGCGUGUAUGACAGGGACCUCCUGCACAACUCUACGCCGCCUUCUCGCCUCGGCGCCCACCACGACUCACAUAUCUCCACUCACCGUACACCGCACACAUAUCCGCGGGACCCAAUGCCUUCGCUCGCCCCCUUCCGCGCCGCCGCGCGCACCUCGACCGUCGUUGCGACACGCCAGCCCAACCUCAAGUUCCCACUGUCCUUCCGCCGAACAUUCACGCAGACGAAGAGCGCGCAAGGUGGCCACGGCCCGAGCUACGAUCCCCCGUCGGGAUGGCUGUUUGGCGUCAAGCCGGGCGAGAAGUACCAGAAGGAGGGGUGGGAAGGCGUCUGGUACUGGGGGUUCUAUGGCAGCUUCGCCGUGGCGAUCGUAGCAUAUGCGUUCAAGCCGGACACUAGCAUCCAAACAUGGGCUCUCGAGGAGGCCCGCCGACGGCUGGAAGCCGAGGGCAUCCUUCAGGACCCCGACACGAAGGAGUAAGGAUCUACGACCAGCGUCAUGGUCAUCGAGACAGAAACGUAGAGGCGGAUUGUACAUAUGACGACAGAUGGCUGGUUUCCUUUGUGCAAGACCCGCAAGACUCAUACAGUCGGACCCGUACGCGGCUUCAGUGCCGGUGCUGCUGCUUUAGCAAUGGAUUUCUUUUUCUGACACGAAAAGAUUAUUACAUGUGAUGUACAGCGCGUUCCCUGGCCGGUAGAAGACUGAAUCUGGGAAAACGCAAGUGAGAACACGGGGAACAAUGGCGCAUACUUAUUAUUUAACAUUCAAAUAUGAAGAAGUAAAGCUAAUUCGACAGACACAACGAUUAUCUGUCUUACGAGGGCUUUGCAUACCUGCAUCAUGGAUACGCUCGCGAUGCACCUUAAGGAUAUACGAGUGAAUGAUCCCGUGUCACGAUACGGACAACGAUUAUGGAUAAAAGCAGU